CCAGACCGCGCAUGAAGAUGGCGUUUGCGUCGCGCUGCGUUGCGAUGCCACAGAGCCUGUUUUUCGGCCAGGCAGCCGCCCGCAGCGCCCCAGGUCUCCCGACCCGGCGUUUCUUCUCCGCACGGCCUAUGGCCCAGUGCCAGGCGUUCGACAGCCUGGCCGUGGACUGCGACGUGGACUUCGACUCCGAGGGCAGUUUGGACGCAAGUCCCACCAACGGGUCUCCCCCGGAGGCGGCCCCCCAGCCAGAGCAAGCAUCUCCCCUGCUGAGGCUGGUGUCCCUGCAGAACGCCGAUGGCUCCUGGGACCUGGGGCCCCCGCUGGCCGCCGCGCUGGGAGUGAGCGAGACCGAUGCCAGGGGGAGGAAGCCCAGUGAGGACAUGGCCCCCGGCGUCUGGGCCACGGUGCUGGCCGUGGUCUGGCUGCACGGCCGGGCUGCAGGGCAGCGCGACGAGUGGGAGCUGCUGGAGGCCAAAGCUGUGGACUGGGUGCGGGACCAAGCAGGGCCCCAGCUGACUAAGUGCCUGGAAGCCGCAAAUGCCCUGCUGGGCUGCAGCGUUGGCCCUGCCGUCUUCGGGCUCUGAGCCCCCCAGGAUCUCUGUACCCAGCCCCCCAUUGAGAGUCCCAAGGCCAGCAGGGGGCUCUGGGUGCAGAUCCCCCUAGCCAGCUUGGGCCUAGCUUAAUUGUAACCUGCUGCUGGGAUCCCACUUCUGCCACCAAUGUGGAUUCCUGUGCCUCCCGCUGACAGAAGAGGAGCCUGAUGGCUUUAACUUCUAUUUUGAUUUAGCAUCGUUAGUGGUGUGACUCGACUGUCAGACUCAAUAGACUGAAAGACCCAUCUGUUACUUGCUUCAGAUUUAGAGCCUCUACGUAUAUUGUGGGCAUGUAUUCGCCACAACACCAGCUUUCCCGCCAGUUUGUGCCUAUUAAUUACGGAUCAUGCUCAUGCUGCUGGAAUCCUGCGACUUAAUGCAAUUGUACCUAGCGGAGCAUCUGAAUUCCUCCUAACGUCACCCCCAUGCUACCCUGCCCCCCGGUUCUGUAAGCCCCGCCCCUCACAGCCACCGCUUCCACCCGCGUGGUGGGGGCAUCCGUGGGAGUAACGGCUCCGAACUCUCAAAUUUCUCCCUGUUUUUCCAGUCGACUAAAGGGUCCCUGUAGAGCCCCUCUGAGCCAGCUGUGCCGGAUAAGGGGUCCCCGUGUCACUAGUCCUCAUGCUUCACCCCAGAGGUAGCCGCAUUUCCGUGCCAGGCGGAAGAGCCGCUUUGCAGUUUUAAAUAAUCCCCAGCCAAAGCGCUACGUUAGCAGAGAGAAAGCUUCAUGGGGCAGGAGAGACUUCCUGGGUUUCCUGCAGGCAGCAGUUCUUAGAAAGCCGGUUGUGGUAUCUCUGCUUGUAGCCUCCUCGCCUAACUGCAGCCUACACACGCCCCUGCCACGCUGGGCUUCCUGUCACUGCAAGACACAAGGACGAGGGCAGAGUCCUGCCCUGGGGAGGGAAGAAACCCAAGUAUUCUUUAUUCAGCUCUGGGGAGGUCACUCUCGACCCCUCUCCCUGCCCACCAGCCUGUCUACCUCUCCCCUCGCUUAGUGUCAGCUGGGAACUUGCUGAGGGUGUAACCCCGCCCCUCAGCCAGGUCAGUAAUAAAGACGGUGAACGAGA